GGACUAAUUUUUCAGGGUGAGGAGAGGACAGGCCCCGGGGGGUAGGCUUGCUACUGAGGAAGAGCCGCUGCGAGGAGCUCAAGAUGAUAGAGGCACUGGUAACAACUGAAGCUCAGAAACUGCUGCACCAGCUGAAUGUCCUGUUGGAACAGGAGUCCAGAUGUCAGCCAAAGGUCUGUGGCUUGAGACUAAUUGAAUCUGCUCAUGAUAAUGGCCUUCGGAUGACGGCAAGACUGAGGGACUUCGAAGUGAAAGACCUUCUUAGCCUAACUCAGUUCUUUGGUUUUGACAUGGAGACUUUUUCUCUAGCUGUGAAUUUACUGGACAGAUUUCUAUCCAAAAUGAAGGUACAGCCCAAACAUCUUGGAUGUGUGGGAUUAAGUUGCUUCUAUCUGGCUGUGAAAUUGACAGAAGAAGAGAGAAAUGUCCCAUUAGCCACUGAUUUGAUACGAAUAAGCCAAUACAAAUUCACAGUUUCUGACCUGAUGAGAAUGGAAAAGAUUGUGUUAGAGAAGGUGUGUUGGAAAGUCAAAGCUACUACUGCCUUUCAGUUUCUACAGCUCUAUUAUUCACUCAUUCAUGAAAACUUACCAUUUGAAAGGAGAAAGAACCUAAGUUUUGAAAGACUGGAAGCUCAGCUUAAGGCAUGCCACUGUAGGAUUAUGUUUUCUAAAGCAAAGCCUUCUGUAUUGGCAUUGUCUAUAAUUGCACUGGAGAUUCAAGCACAGAAAUUUAUAGAAUUGACAGAAGGAAUAGAAUGUCUUCAGAAACAUUCCAAGAUAAAUUGCAGAGAUCUGACCUCCUGGCAGGAACUUGUAGCAAAGUGCCUAACUGAAUACUCAUCAAACAAGUGUUCUAAACCAAAUGUUCAGAAGUUGAAAUGGAUUGUGUCUGGACGUACCGCAUGUCAAUUGAAGCAUAGUUAUUACAAAAUCGCUCAUCUUCCAACAAUCCCUGAAACUGGGUCUUAAUAGGAUUCUUGUGGUGAAGAAAUUCCACUAUUUUGAAGGCUAAUUUCACCUCAGAACUGUGGACUCCA